AUGGCAAUAAAAUCUGUAAAUGAUAAUUAUAAUCAAAAAAGGCCUACAAUUAAUUUUGAACCCGUAAAGGCUGAAAGUGAACAAAUUGUGAAGAAAGAAGAAAAUAAAAAUAAUAAAAACCAACAAAUAUACCUCACAACUACCCAACAAACAAUUACUAAUGAUUUUAGUUUGCAAGAAGAAUUAAAUGAAAUAAUUAGUAGUGUUGAAAGAAGUGGAGAAAUAAAUAAUUUAAAACGCCCUUUUGACAACAAUAAUAAUCGACAACAUUUUUCUUCAUUAUACGAAGAAGAAGAAAUUCAGCCAGUAGAAAUACCUUUCGAACCUUUACCUCCUCCAAUAUCAGAAAUUCCUAUUUGGAAAAGACCCCCACCAGGGGAAAAUUUAAAUAAUUUACCCCCUCCCCCUCCUCCUCCACCACUUUCAAUUAAAUUUUCAUUACAAGCAAAUGUUAAACCAUCAUCUAAUAUUGAAAGGGGUAAAUUAAUAAUAAUUUUUAUUUACAAAAAUAUUUUUGUAGAAAAUAAUGAAGAAAAUAAUUUGUUGAGAAGAAAAAGAAGAGAGGCCCCAAUUCUCGUCACAGCUUUAAUUGAUAUUGGCCGUGGUAAUUGGCAAAGAUUUACUCGGCAUUUUGAUCAAUAUUUAAAUUAUUUAACAAAUAUUCUGUUUAGAAUGCAGAAUAAUAUAAUUAUUUAUUGUGACAAUUCUGUUUAUGAAUAUUUAAAAAUAAUUCAAAUAUCCUUGUCUGAAUUACCUUUUUACAAAUAUCGAAAAGAAAUUGAAGAAAUAAUGAAUUGGGAACAGAAAAAUUGGAGGGAAGAAUGGGAUGAACAAAUGAAAACACAUCCAGAGACUUUAUACCCCGAUUAUGAUAUUCUCGUUAAUUCUAAACCUUAUUUUCUUUAUAAUGCUACACAAAUAUCUCAAUUUCCUAAACCUUUUGAAGAAGAACAAUUAUUUGUUUGGUUAGAUGCUGGGUAUGGGCAUGGAUCUCAAUCAGCAAUACCUUUAGGAAUAUGGAAACCUACUCAAAUUAAUUCUGAACAAAUUACUCUUAUUCAACUUCCUACUCAUGGAGAACGUGUAGAACGUUACACAAUUGAAAGGGUUUAUCGAAAGCAUCGUUCAGUAAUUAGUGGGGGCUUUUUGGCUGGGGGAGAAAAAGUAAUUAGGCGUUUCUGGACAUUUUUUAUGAAAACUUUUUUGGAAUUACUCGAUCAACAUUUUGUUGAUGAUGAUCAAACAACUUUGUUAAUAACAAUUCAACGCUAUAAUUCUACUUUUAAAUUGCUCAAAGGCAAUUGGUUUGAUGCUUUUAAAUUAUUGCCUUCUACUAAUUGA